AAGACACACACACACACACACACACACACACACACACACAGACACACACACAGCCAUGGGUGCGUUAAUGGACGUUUUUUAUGAGGUGAGGAGAUGACCCUGAGUCUGUGUGUGUGUGUGUGUGUGUGUGUGUGUGUGUGUGUGUGUGUAAACAGUUCCCACAGGUAUCAAGCGUCCCCUUUAUUUCGGGCAACAGGUGAAGGUGAAUGAUAAACGGAGGUGAGUCAUGUAUUCACCUUAUUUACAAACACUUAUUUUUAUCCCUUUAGUUGCGUCGCGAUAGGCUCCUCAUGGCUUGUUCUCAUUAUCUCAAAUCAGGCCUGAGUUACAAUAGACUUAACUUUUUGGGGCCAUCAAGGCUCGCCCGGGUGCUCGCUGUGGGAGUGUGAAGACUUACUGCUCCCUGAAGGUGUUAAAAAAAGGUUAGUCAUCUUUUUUUUCUUCACCUUACAUGAAAGCUCCGUGGCGGACGCGCAGCAUGACUAAGCCGGAAAAGCUGAUUUUUUGUACUGCCACUUGGCUUUCGAGUUCACGGCGUGGCGGCUUAAGUGACUCGGCCCGCGGGAACGCUAAGUAAAGGAUGAUUCCGGGAAACACGGACCAUAAACGUGGCCUGACGGGGAUGUUUAGGAUCUCGGGCAACAGUUUCCUCAUAAUUGGCAUAAAAACACUGCACAUUUUUGUAUUGUCAUUCAUACUCUUUCUCCCGUGUCCUGGUUUGCUGAGAUGAGUGAUGGUUCUUAUAUAUAUUAAAAGAAACAUUACCCACCCGCCUACCCACCUCUUGGAUGACUAUUUUAUUCAGCGUUGAAAUCUUCUCGACUUCUUGGCGUGUUUAUGCAAAUUUUAUGGCGUGCUUUCCCGGCCAAUAGAUUAGCAAGCAAUAGUUGACUUUUCUUCAUUAUCUCCCCGCUCGUGGGUGUGAACCGGGGCGGGUGCAGAGGCUGGGGCCGGGGUUAGUUUUGGGGGCCUGGGAAAGUGCCGGGGAGCGAGGGAUGUGGGCUGCGAGGGGCCGACCUGGGGUGACCUGGGCUCUCCGGGUGUCGGGGGCGCGGGUGAGCCGUUCCCCCUAUGAAGAUCCAACUCUCAGUUUUUGCCUCACAUGCUCAAGAACUUCAACUUUCCACACAGACUUUACUGGGUUGCCGCCUCCUCUCCCGCUGAGGAAACGCCCAACACCCCAGCCAGAAACGCCCUGUGACCACGAGCUGAGCCAAUGGGGAGAGAGGGCUUACCUGUAUGUGGGAGGGGGGGCGUGUCUGCACCAAUCCGGAGCGAGGAGGUGGGUGCGGCCGCCUCGCCCUGUCGGUGCUCCCCGCAACAGCUGGUGGCUAGUCAGUGCUUCCCUGGCCGCCUUAGGAGUAGGUUCUGUGUGUCGCUCGCUCAGGGGUCCGGAAGCCUCCCUUUGCCUACUGGGUGUCCGGAACGCGCUGCUUCGUGGAAAAGAAAGGAAUACUGAGCCAGGAAAUUGCCCCUCGUGUGAAUAGCUUGUGCCGGGGCUGCGGAGGGUACAGUGGCGUGCCAGUGAUUAACUUGUACCUGAACAGACUGUUUUUGUAGUGACAUGUGCGACUAGUCUUUGCACGGAGCCAUGCGCAUCGCCCUCCAGGAGCAGCACCAGUGAUCCUACUCUCCCCGACUCGUCUCAUUUUCUGGUUGUUUUAGUGGAGUGCGAGGGGAGCGUCGCCCCCGUCACGUGUCCCCCAGGCCAUGGUGCCCGAGCAUGACCCCCUCCUCGCCACGCACCCUAACAGCAUGUCCAAGGAGGCCGAGGUGCCGCCCGAGCAGGUAGAGCCAGUCGACCUCAGCGUCAAAACCAAGGACGACCAAGCAGCUGAGUCCCAGGCGGGCGCCGGCCAUGGCAAGUCGGCACCCAGGGUGGCGGGAUCCCCAGCGACCCAUGGCCACCAGUCAGGGCAGCCGGGGUCCUCCCUGCGGCUGCCAAGGUUCGGGCCGAACUCGGAUCCCCCACGUCCACCUUCGGGGCCUCUCGGCUUCACCCCCGUGCGGCUCCCGGGAGACAAGGCGCGACGCCCGCCUGGCAGUGAGCAGGGCCCCCCUGGCGUGCUGAUGACCGAGCGGAGCCCCAAGGCUGCCAGUGACCAGCGGCGGCCCACCGAGCAGCAGCGAUCCCCAGGCGGUGCCCUGACUGUGUCCCUCAGGGGUCCUUUGCCCACGCCCCCGGAGAAGGGAGAGAGCCUUUCCAUUGACCGUGUGCCUCGCGUGACUGAGAGCAAUGGACACAAACACUCGGAGCAGCCGCCCUUCAAGUACUCCGGGGCUGGGUCGCCGCCUCUGGUCGUCAGGCAGCUGUCGCGCUUCACGUCCUGCGGUUCGGAGGGCAGCGCGACAACCAAGCCUUCGGUGACCCUGGCUGCCGCACACGCCAUCUCCUCUUCCUCCUCCUCCUCUUCUUCCUCCUCGACUGUAUCUUUGCCGCACUGCCUGACGGUGGAGCCACGCACCGCCACCGUCACCUCCAGCAGCAGCCUGGCCAGGACCAGAUCCCCUACAGUCUCCCCGGACCACGGUGGCCUGUCUGCCCUGGACCUUCCCGCCCUGCACAUGGGGCUGCCGCUACACACCUCAAGCUUCUGCAUGAGUCCAGAGCAGAUGGUGGGCGCCGCAGGCUCUCCCCUCAGAAGCAGCGACCCCGCCUUCCUCCUGCACAUGUCCAGGUUCCCGGGCUCCCUCUCACUCCCCCUCGGCCUCGACCUCACCCUCAAGUCCGAGUUGGGUAAGAGCCCAAUGGACACCCUCAACAUGAGCCUGGAGAGUUCCUUCCACAACGGGACCACCUCGCCCUUCCUCUCCCUCCAGAGGAUAAGGGAAGCAUCCCUAGCCCUGUAUGGCAAGAGGUCGCUGAGUGAGAGUCCUUCGCCGCCACCCCUGGCCGGUGCCCGCCUCUCCUCGCCGCCCCACACCACCGCCCUCACCUCCUCCACCAUUUCCUCAUCCUCCUCGUCCUCCUCCUCGCCUUCGUCUCCCCCUGCAGGAGUUCGACCUCCCGGCCGGCCUCCUCCCUCCUCCGCUGACUACCCUGACGCUCUCAGACGGAGGAAAGCUCACCGCUGUGACUUUGAAGGCUGUGAAAAGGUUUACACCAAAAGUUCGCAUUUGAAGGCCCACAAGCGUACACACACAGGAGAGAAGCCGUACCAGUGCACGUGGGACGGCUGCAAGUGGCGGUUCGCACGGUCGGACGAGCUGACGCGCCACUACCGCAAACACACGGGCCAGAAGCCCUUCAAGUGCCAGCUGUGCCAGCGGUCCUUCUCGCGGUCAGACCACCUCUCGCUGCACAUGAAGCGGCACUGAGGGCGCGGCGUCUGUGGGGGUGAGGGAGACCCGGCCGUGGGGGGGUGACUCCCCCGGUGAGCUUCCCUCGCCUCCUGAGACUUGGCCUUCUCCACCUGUGAUAACCGUGCAUUUGUCAGUGACGCGCCGGAAUGAAUAGUCGCCGCAGUCACUGGGUCACGCCUCACGUCCACCGUCUCUCCAGCCGAGGCGCUGCCGGCCCCGGAGCCUUCAGAAGGUACGAGUGAAGGAUGUGUAAUCGAUCUCACGCGUUGUAACGAUUCAAGCUGAAACAGAAAAAGAGUUUGCAGCACUGAGCAACCUUCCGUCAGUAUUACCAGCUUCUAGGGGGUUCUCUCCCCCCGCCCCCUGCUGUGAGCAGCGCUGCGGGACUGUGGGCGAGUCAGCAGGUGACGGUGACAGCAGAUGCUCCAGCCUCUCUGUCCCCCUCCUUCCCUGCUUGACCCCGCCUUUCCUGCUGCUCCGUCACGGGGUUCAGGAAGCAAACACACCUGAAGGGACACUAGAAGAAGAGGACGUUUAUCCUGGAUUAUAACAUUGAAGUUAUUCUCUCAUGGCGACAGUGACCAACAUCUUCCUUGAGACUGGCGCCCCGCACUUGUCUAAGAGCCUCGGGGCGGCAGGAAGCGGACAUCAGGCGUCGGGCGUUGAGGCAGCAACAUUGGUGCUACUGCAGAGACGCGUCCUUGUGCUGUGUGUUCCUGGGGCCAAGAGUCUUCGCGGCCCACGAUUUUACUAUUGCACUUUCUCUCGCGCAUUCUACUUUGAUAUUAUUUUUUUAUACUGCCAUACACACGUCGUACAUGUUUCUUGUGGUUGUCUGUGAUCUUGUCUGGACGUAGGUUAAGUAUAAGCGCUUCUGUUGUUAUCGUUUCGAAGUUUUACGUGUUUUGUUUGUCGGCUUUCUCCUUUUUUCGUCUUUUCUCGUGUCACUCGUAACGUGCCGGGUUGGACGAUGGCAGGUCCGGCGCGAAGGGACAAACAAGCCUCUCAUUCGUGUGCUUGUUUUCGCUCCUUCACUUUCCUUUCCGUCAGCAACAGCCGCGGAAAGGGAUUCUCUGAUCACACGUUGGAAGAGGAGCUGUCUGUGGGUGUACGUGACUCUACGGCCUCCAUAUGAUCUCUCUGCCACCUGUCCACGGCUUCUUUACAUAUCGCCACCUCGACUCUGCCUUUGGUGGUUGACUUGUGGGCGAGUGUUGUGUCGCGGUCUCGCUCUCCGUCCCGCAGCCGUAGUGCAAGUGUCCGUCGGCUGGAGGGUCGCGGGCAGCCUGGCGCCUCGACGCUGCAGUGCUGUGUUUGGAAUUAAUCACCUUGUCCGUGGCUUUACCUGACGGCCCGCUGCGAUGAUGCAACUCCCCGCUGAGGGUGCGUGGCCACGACCUCUCUGUUCCCCCCUCGCCCCUGGGAACCCUCCUCCCUCCCUUAGGCCUCCAUUAAGGGCUAAGUCGUUGUUUCUAUCACAGUCUUCCAUUAUCACGAAGUACAAAUGGCUUUCUACUUUUAUCCAUGUAAAUAAGUGCCUUUUUAUCUUUCCGCUAGGGUGGGGGGUGACUACUUAAGAGGAGUUGAAAUCGCUCGUCGCGUCACGGCCGAGAUAAAUGAAACAAGUUUUACAAUUGUUAUAAAAUAUUUCAAUUCUUGAAAAGAUUCAGUAACGCCCACAGCCUGCAACACACGUCAUCCACGGGGUUGGCAUGCAGAGCCGCGUCUUUCCGUCCGUCCGUCCACCUGAGAGCCUGAAGUGGAGGUCAUGUUGGAGGUGAUUGACCUGACCUCCACUCCAGCCUUGUAGUCACUGGAAGUGGAAAGGACCGCCACGCCUGCUGCCUUCUUCCUCCUCCUCCUCCUCCUGCCCUUCCCGCUGGUCCUCGUUAAGUUGCUGGUUCACCUGCCGCUCGGCCCUGACUCAUCUUUCCGCUUGAGUCAUUCACUGAGUGGAUGAGGGUCGUGAUUCCUCGCUGUCCUUCAGGCUGGGAGUUGCUUCAAGCUGAGUUUCCACGGCUGACUCCCUUAUUUACUUUCUGUCCCUCCAGCUGACCCCCUCAACAGCUGGCUUCUCUUCCUCUGACUUAUUGACAUUGGAAUCUAACUCGUUCACUACUUCGAAUUAGGUAAACCGAAAUCAAUACUAAGGGGAAUAGGGCAUCAUGUAACCCCUAAAACUCCUCCAUGAAUGUUGUGACGCAAUCAUUUCUUCCCUCCCGAAUCACCCUUCCCCGCCGGCCCCUCCCCCCCUCGGCCCCUGUUUCUGGCUGCUGGCGGCUGGACGUUCGUGUGUGUGUUGUGUGGUGAGGGAGCGAGGCGGCGGGGUCGGCUGGGGGGGGGAGGCGGGUCGGGCGGCAGUGUGGGAAAGGCCUGGUUUUGGCGGAGGGAGGGCGAGCCAUCAAUCACGUCUAAUACUUCAUGCGAAUCAUUUGUACAAAGACGAGCAAAGCCACACUAUCGUUUUGAGGUUAAAAAUGAGCUACGUACACGCUCUCUCCUCCGCCCACUUCCCUUUCCCCCCUUUCCCCACUCAUAACGCUACCAUUGUCUCCCUUACCUCCUCCAGUUCCUCCUCUUUCCCUCGUCUCCCUCGGUAACCCGUGGAGCCGCUUCACAUUUAAGUGCCAUAAACCGAGAGGGGCGUUUUUAGAUUUCUUACUUUUAUCCUUUGCGGUGAAGAGUCGUGGUGGUUGUGUUACGGAACGCCCCUUGAGGAACCUUAUUUUAUUCUUUUUUCAUUGCUGGAAGUCCUCUAAGGGUCUUCAAAUGCUCUCUGGAAAGCAUGGUAGGGAAGGGAAUGCGUCACACACCGCCCUUUUCUUCCUUUCGAUGUGCAUUGGUAACGGGAAGAAGUGAUGAGUAAUCGCGUCGAUCAUCCGUGGGUCAGGUUCUUUACUCGAGUCGCCCCUCCCUCGAUCAACCUCCCGUUUUCUAUUGCCGCAAGCUAUUUAUAUGUUGAUUCCUUAGUUAUCGUACGUUCGGGCUUUUGUCGUUGUGUUUUUGUAUUUGUUUCGUGUAGUGUACGUGUGUCCUACUUGUCCGUGUCCUUGUUGUCGUCCAGUCAUUGUCGGGUAGUCUGGUUUAAGGUCUUGCGUCAACCUCAUCUUGUCCUUUGUCCGUCCCUCCGCCCUCUACUCUUAAGUCUGUACUGGUUCUCCAUCGCUGCAUCAAUCAAAACGCACUGCACAAAGAAAAGAAAAGGUAACUGUACACACACACACACACACACACACACACACACCAUGUACCCUUUCCACCGCGCAGGUCAACGCGUGGAUCUUGAAUCACCUGGAAUUUUGUUGUUAUUUAAUGUUUUGCAGCAAGUUCCGGUGUUUCUAAAUGCAACUCAAGAGCGAGAGACAGUCUAGUGGAAGAAACACACGAGUCUGCAACACAUACACACACACACACACUCACACACACACACACACACACACAAGAUAGAUAUGACACUGUAAUCACAUUUUUAUACAUUUCAGUUCAUUCGCAAAAAAAAUAUCCAAAAUGUUGAUAUUCUUACGUUCCUGAAUAAGAGUUUGGCAUCUUUAAACCAUUAGGACUCGUAUUAAACUCUAGAUAAGUUGACCCCACCGAGUAUAGUCUUCCAAUCUUACUCGCCGGCAACACUUGUAAAGCCAGAGUGUUGCCAGAAGUUGCUAGAUAUUCCUGCUGUCUGUGUGUUUGUGUGUUGUGUUGAGGUGGUGGUGAUGUUGCCGCAGCGUGCUACUGGAGGUGUUGCGUGUGUUACUUGUGCGCCUCAUGUGAUCUGUGUAAGUGUUGUGCAAGAUGCAUUUAGUGUUUCUAUUUUAAACCCUAGAUGACUAUUUUUGUAAGAUAACAGAGAUUUCCAGAAUUCGAUAGUAUUAUAUUUGAUGUGUAAAUCUGUGUACAUACAAUCUCCUUUAUAAUAUAAAUAAUAUAAUAUAAUACGGUUGCUCUUG